GAUCAAGAUGACCACAGCCACCACUUUGGGGGACGCUGUCUUCUCGCUGAACAUGACCAGAGGAGAAGACUUCCUGUAUAAGAGUUCUGGAGCCAUCGUGGCUGCCAUCGUGGUGGUGGUCAUCAUCAUCGUCACCUUGGUUCUGACCCUGCUGAAGAUGUACAACAGGAGAAUGAGGACCAGGCGGGAGCUGGAGCCCAAGAGCCCGAAACCACCUGUGCCUCCUGCCCUGGACCCAAACAGCAACGGUGGCCAGCAGCCUGCGACUGUGACCUUCAACCCUGCAGACAACCAAGUGGAGACUCGGUGACCCUGCUCCGCGCCAUCCCUGCCUCUGCGAAGAGCUUUUAUGACCCAGAAACACACUCUUCUGGCAGCUUCACUGAGUUCUUUCUGGUUGGGCAGACUGAGGCACCUUUCAUAUAGCCCCUGCAGCUUGAAGCCAUCCUUAACUAUGUUCUGCUCUGGCCUCCCCAGCUGUGUCCGUAUCCCUGCUGCCACUAUACCAAAGAGCUAAGGACAUUCUUUUGUCACCUGAUGAGAAGCACUCUGCCGGGGAUACUGGUGUGAGUCUGGUUCUUGCACCACAAAUGCUACAGCUAGACAGCUAAACAAAUAGACAGACAGACAUCCGAGUGCUCUGGUCAGGGGUCAGGGAGUGCUAAUGAUAAUGUCACCCAGGGUUUACCACUGGGAGCAUCUUAAGCAUCAUGUCCACAACUUUGCAGAACAGAUCCUCAAUCCCAUAUCAGGUGCAAGGAAACUAACUUGGACUAACUAAGCACAAAACCAACUUGGUAAUGACUAAUCUAUUCCAGGACUAGAUGACCACUAGCCAGCUCAUGAUGGCUGGUUAGAUCGCUCUUCCCCCUUAAGGGACAAAGGGUACAAGAGUCUGGACUUGGUGGCACAUGCCUGUCAUCUCAGCACUCAGUAGAGGCAGAACAUUGUGAUUACAAGGCCAGCUUUGGCUGCACAUGGAGAUAUUUAACUAAAAAAAAAAUACAGAAUAAACAGUGUUCUCCAAAAAAUUCUACUUCAUUAGUAGUCAGGAGAAGAUGUCCCAAGAAGCAGAGGCUAUCUCUAGGGUGAGGAGCAGAGGCUAGCUCUAGGGUGAGGAGCAGAGGCUAGCUCUAGGAUGAGACAUUGUUACAGUGCCCAUGCUUGGGUUGUGUGGUAGCUGCUCAAGAGACCCUUCCUUCUGCCCCAGGUGGACUACCCCCACUCCUCAUUUUCUGGCCUCCUUUUAUUUGGAUGCUAAGCUCCCUUGAGAGUCCUCUUGCCUCUGGGACAAGUCUUUUGAGGCACAAUAAACUCUGCAUUUCCUGUGUCCUUCCUGGUCACCUUGCAGAGACAGUGAACGCACACAGAGACAACCGAUCCUCAGUGCCAGCUGACCUCUGAGCCCUGGGCCGGAAGAUGGUCCACUAGCAGGGACAAACAUUUGGAAUUAAGAUUUACAUCCAAGCUGUACUCUCUUACUGACCUUGAAAAGGUGAUUCCGGGGCUCAUGCGAUGACUCAGUGGGUACAUGUAACCAAGUCUGACAACCUAAGUUCCAUCCUCAGGACCCACACGGCGGAGAAGAGAGCAGGUUCCUGUAACUUACCCUAUCCUGUCUACAUGUGUGUUGUGGUGCACCACAAACACAAUAAACAAAUUAAAUAUAAGUCAAACAAAUUUGAAAAGAAAAGGUUCCUGGGGGACCUAGGAAGACGGCUGAGUGGCCAAGAGGGCUUGCUGUACAACCUGAGUUCAAAGCCCCAGAACUCACCUAAAAAGCUAUGAGUGGUGAGACACACCUCUAACCCCAGCCCUGGGAAGAGGUAGAGAUGGAGGGAUCAUUGUGGCUUGCUCACCGCCAGCCUUGCUUCAGGAUCAGUGAAAAAGUCUGUGGCAAAGGAGUAAGACAGAGGACAAUAGAGCAGGCCACUCGAUGUCCUUCUCUGGUCCAGGUAUGCUCACAGGGGAGCGUAUGUCACACACAUAACACACACAAACACACACAAAGGUUUUUUUGAGACAAGGUCUCUCUACAUAGCCCUGACUGGCCUGGAACUCAUUAUGUAGAGCAGGCUGGCUUUGAAUCCACAGAGAUCCUCCUGUCUCUGCCUCCUGAGUGCUGGGAUUAAAGGUAUGCACCAACCACACCUGGUUAAAGAUAUUUAAGUGAUUCAGGCCUGGCAUGGUGACUCCCAAUUAUAAUCCCAGCAUUUGAAGGGGGAUAGAGACAUAGGAGCUCCAAUCAAGAGUUUAAGGUCAUCCUU